CCCACGUGCCAGCACCGAUCUGUGACCCACGGGCAAGGGUUGCACAGAGGCACCACUGAGAGCCACCAGGAGAAAACCACUGAGAGCCGCCGCAGGUCUGUGCACGUGGCGACGGGGACGUUGGUGCCAACCCAAUCGUUGGUGUCACCACCCACCCUCAGUGCCACCCCGUCUCCCCAUGGCGUCCCUUUGGGCCGUGCUGGUGCUGCUGGCUCUGGCUUCGGCGCAGGAAUCGCUGCUCAACAUCUGCAUGGAUGCCCAGCAUCACAAAUCCGAGCCGGGUCCCGAAGGACUGCUCUAUGGGCAGUGCGCCCUAUGGAAGGACAACGCUUGCUGCACGGCCAACACCAGCAUGGAGGCACAUCGGGACCAGUCCUACCUGUAUGGCUUUAACUGGGACCACUGCGGGGCCAUGGCGCAGCGCUGCAAGAGGCACUUCAUCCAGGACACGUGUCUGUAUGAGUGCUCCCCAAACCUGGGGCCGUGGAUCGACCAGGUGAGGGGAGGGGGCUUCGGGAGGCUUUGGGGAGUGGGAUUUGGGUAGGUGGG